AUGGAUCUUUUAUAUAAUAGACUACUCAAUUGUGUACUUCUCUUUGGCAGGAUUUUGCUGACUGUGGUGGUCAUUUUUCGCAUCCUAAUUGUGGCCAUCGUUGGGGAGACAGUCUAUGAAGAUGAACAGACCAUGUUUAUGUGCAACACUCUUCAGCCUGGCUGUAACCAAGCCUGCUACGAUCGAGCAUUCCCCAUCUCCCACAUCCGGUACUGGGUCUUCCAGAUCAUCUUAGUGUGUACCCCAAGCCUCUGUUUUAUCACAUACUCUGUCCACCAGUCUGCAAAGCAGAGGGACCGGAGAUAUUCCUUCCUCUAUCCCCUUUUAGAGAAGGAACUGCCACAUGAGCCAGACUGCCUGGAGGUAAAAGAGAUCCCAAGCACGCCUAAAAAAGCAGCAAAGAGCCCCAAGGUCAAGCGACAGGAGGGCAUCUCUCGCUUUUACAUCAUUCAGGUCUUCUUCAGGAAUGCUUUGGAGAUCGGCUUCUUGGCAGGACAGUACUUCCUUUAUGGUUUCAGUGUUCCACCCAUCUUUGAGUGUGACCGUUACCCAUGCGUAAAGGAAGUUGAGUGCUACGUAUCUCGACCCACUGAGAAGACAGUCUUCCUGGUUUUCAUGUUUGCCGUAAGCGGCAUUUGUGUCCUUCUCAACUUAGCCGAGCUUAACCACCUCGGCUGGAGAAAAAUCAAGACAGCAAUGAGGGGAGUUCAGGCUCGCAGAAAGUCAGUGUGCGAGGUGCGUAAAAAGGAGCCAUCUACUCUGGCUCAAGUGCCAACGUUGGGGAGGACACAGUCCAGUGAAUCAGCUUAUGUUUGA